UACCCCUCUCACUUUUCUGUAAGCGAGAAUGAAAGGGACCAGGGAGCGUCCCCACCCCAGCAGAGGCACUGUUUGAAGUGGUGCCAGAACCACUGACACGGUGCCCACAGGUGGCCCCAGCGCCCCAUGAAAGGGCUGCAUAUAAGUAACCCAUGGGACGCGGGCAGGGGUUGAAAAACACCACAGCUCCAGUGUCCUGCGCACCCAGCGGAGCAGAGGUAACAACUCACUGCAGCUCCAGGGCUGCUGGGACCGGGCUGGGGGGGCCCUGGGGGUCUGCAGCCGGGCACCGGAGUCCUUCUGCGCAUGGAGCAGCUCGCCCUGGGCUGGGUGCUGCUGGCCAGCACCCUGUUUGGCACCGCAGCCACUGGCAGCAGGCGAGAUGUCCGUGCUAUCACAGAGAAGGUGAUGGACAUGGCCCAGGACUCCUUUGAUGACCAGUACAAGGACUGCAGAACUGAGAUGGAGGAGAAGCUGAAAACAGUGAACCGCACUGAGUUCCAAAACAAGGCGUAUGCAGACACCUGGAGAAGAGCAGCCAAGUACUGGCAGAAGCAGUGGGGCAACUCCAACCGCCCGCAGGUGCUGCCGCAGCAGCAGGCGGUGGCCGUGCUGGCGUACACUGACAAGGGAGACCUGUCCAAGCAGCUCAACAAAGCUAUGCUUGAGGGUGGGCUCUCCCAUGAGGACUACCUGGAAUCCUUCCCCUUCAAGACGCUGCAUUUCCUCCUGACCGAGGCCCUGCACACCUUGCGGAAGACCCAGAGCCCCAAAUGCAACAGCGUCUACCGCGGCACCACAGACCGCUUUACGGCCCAGCUCAACGAGCACGUCCGCUUCGGCCAGUUCACCUCCACCUCCCUCCAGAAGGAGGUUGCUGAGUCCUUUGGCCAGCACACCUUGUUCUUUGUGAACACCUGCUACGGUGUCUCCAUCAGGAGCUUCUCCUUCUUCCCAGAACAGGAGGAAGUCCUCAUCCCACCCUAUGAGGUCUUCAAGGUCACCAAUGUCAUCCAUCACACAGAAGGAACCCACAUCCAUCUCGACUCCCAUUCCACGCACAGCAACUACAAAUGUGCGCUGCUGAAUGAGAAAAGGUGCAAGGCCCAGCCGUGUGUCUUCAGCGCAGGCAUGAGCAGUCCCAGGGAACCCCCACACCUCUGGAGUCUCCUCUUGGCAGCCGCAGCCCUGGCAGCCGUGGGAUGCCUCUAACCCAGCUAUGCUGCUGCUGCACCUCCGCAAGGAAAAUGGGGCAGAAACGUGAGAACACAUUUAAUGGACACUGUGGGAUUACGCUUUUGUGAGGAAUGUUUUAACAAUUCGUGUCCAUAAAGAACAAUUCUGUUUGAAUCCUGUCUGCCUCUGGGCCCUGCACUGGCAAUUUAAUUCUUGAACCACAGAUGCAGUGUGUCCCAGUCUCCCCC